AUGGCAGACUUUGCAGAUAUUCUAAAACUUGUUAAUGAGUUUGGCUGCUUUCAAAAACGCUUAUUGUUUUCUAUAGCCCUGCUGAAUAUAUUCAUGGGCACACAGAUAGUUCUCCAGGUGUUCACUGAUUUAGUUGUACCUCAUCAUUGUGACACUAGUUGGAUUCUAAACAUAAGUUCAGAUAUAAGCAAAGAAGAACAGAUGAACUUAACCAUUCCAAAGAACAAGGACGGUUCCUAUGAACAGUGCUGGAUGUAUACACCUAUGGAUUGGGAUAUUGACUCAAUCAAGGAAUAUGGCAUCAAUUCAACAGUUACGUGUCAGAAUGGAUGGGAGUACGACAUGUCAGAUCAUAAACCAACAACUACCAGUGAGUUUGACCUAGUAUGUGAUAAAAGUGGAUUUAAUGCCAUUUCUCAGUCUGUCUACAUGGCUGGUCUUCUUGUGGGGGCACUUUUGUUUGGCCCUUCAGCCGACAGAUUUGGUCGCCGUCCUUUGGUUCUGCUGUCAGUAUUUCUGAAUGUGGCUUUUGGUGUUGGAAUGGCAUUUUCACCAAAUUUCUAUGUACUUACUGCCUUGAAGUUUGGUAUUGGAACAACUGUCUCUGGGAUCUUGAUAAACACAUAUGCAUUAGUCACAGAGUGGUCUGGAGUUACUCAGAGAGCAUGUGCUACAAUUAUUACCCACAGCUGCUAUGCAAUUGGGCUGAUGAUUCUGGCGGGAGUAGCUUAUGCCAUACGUAACUGGAGGAUGUUGCAGCUUGCUAUGUCUCUUCCCAUGGUAAUCCUUGUCUACUAUAUAUGGACUCUACCCGAAUCAGCAAGAUGGCUACUAACACAAGGAAAGAAUGAAGAAGCAAAAAAAUACAUCCUACAGGCAGCCACUAUAAAUAAACGGACUGUACCUGAAGCAGUACUUCAGAAGCUGAAGGCCGAGUCGAAUAAGAAGAUGGGCACAAUCUUAGACCUCUUUAGGAAGAGCCACUUGAGGACGAUUACAUUAAUUAUGUCUUAUAUAUGGUUUGUUAACAGCCUUGUGUAUUAUGGAUUAUCCCUGAAUGUUGGCAGUUUUGGUGUGGACAUUUAUCUUACACAGUUCAUAUUCGGUCUUGUGGAGCUACCAGCUCACUUGGGAUGCAUAUUUCUCUUGGAAAGGUUUGGAAGGAAGAUAUGUCAGGCCUUCUUUUUAAUACUGGCUGGUUCUGUUUGCUUACUUAUUAUUGCUGUUCCAAAAGAUAUGCCUACUGCGACAACAGUGCUUGCUGUUAUAGGAAAAUUCUCGACGGCUGCUUCCUUUUCUAUAUGCUAUGUUUUUGCUGCAGAAUUAUUUCCAACUGUUGUCAGACAAAAUGGUGUUGGUAUUACGUCUAUGGCUGCACGUUUGGGCGGCAUAGUUUCUCCUUUGGUUCGUCUUUUGGAGGAAUAUCAUUCUGCCAUACCCCUAGUGAUUUAUGGAAGCACACCAGUGCUCGGAGGACUGUUGUGUUUUUUCUUACCAGAAACACGCAACAAAGAAUUACCAGAUACAACAGAAGAAACAGAAACAACUCAGAGGCCCACAAUGGUUAACUGCGAGUGCGCUGAAAGGGAAGAUCUUCAUUCACAAGAAGAAAUCACAAAAUCUGAGCUCAGCACACGGUUUUAGCUCCUAUCUACAAUCAAUUAUUUAAUACAAACACAUACACCGAGGACAUGAUUUUUAAAGAUGUAGUACAAAUAUAAGAUUUAUUUGCAUGAUCCUGUUAUAAAUAUUUUAAUGUCAUUUCAUGACAUCCAGCAUUUGAUUU